AUGUCCUUACCACCACCCGCGGCCAAGAUGAUCCCCGGCUCACCCAGCCUGAGUGCUGAUACUCUCACUGAUACUGAUACUCUCAAUGAUGGCAAGCAUAACGAGAAGUAUACUUGCAAGGCGAUGAGUUUCAGUGUAUCGGAGUCGGAGAAACCAAUCGACAUUGAAGCUCAAAUUACUGAGCCAAAAGAAAAGCCACUCGCUGGACUGCGGUACACAUUGUUUACCCUAUAUCGUCGACUUUUCACAAUCGUUUUUUUGGCCAAUGUGGCUGUAUUCGUGGCGGUCAUGACUUCCAAUCGCAGAUUACUUGCCUUAGUGAACGCCACAGCAGCCAAUCUUCUUGUCUGUGGCCUGGCUCGUCAGCCUUUGGUAGUCAACAGCAUGUUUGUCGUCGUCUGCUCUAUCCCAAGAUCGGCUCCACUUGCUUUGCGCCGUUGGGCAGCUAAGGUGUAUCACUAUGGUGGCGUGCAUAGCAGCUGCGGUGUCGCAUCACUUGUUUGGUUCCUCGGCUUUGUUGGAUUGAUGUCUUAUCAGUAUUGGACGCCGUCCGUGACUAUAGGCAUCUCGGCCACACCAGUUGCCUUAUCUUACAUCAUCCUUGUCCUGCUCAUGGCGAUCAUCGUGGUAGCCCAUCCCACGUUCCGCAUGAAAAAGCACGAUUAUUUCGAACUCACCCACCGUUUUUCGGGGUGGCUUGUCGUGGUUCUGUUCUUUGUACUGCUUAUGGUAUUUUCGAAAGAAAUCAGCAAAUCACAACAGGAACCACUAGGCUACUUCCUGAUCAAGCUACCUGCCUUUUGGUUCUUGAUUAUAACCGUCGUCGCCAUUAUUCAUCCAUGGCUGCUACUGCGGAAGGUUUUAGUAAAGUCCGAAGUUCUCUCCAGCCACGCCAUCCGUCUGCACUUUGAUCACGCCGCCACCACGUUCGGCAAGGGCACCCAGCUAGCGAAGAACCCUCUGCGUGACUGGCAUGCCUUCGCCACAUUCCCUGACCCCGCUCCAUCUGCUAUGCACGGGAAGCCUAGCUUCUCAUGCAUAGUAUCCAAGGCCGGGAACUGGACCAGCGACACGAUCCAAAACCCACCCACCCAUCUCUGGAAGCGAGGUGUGCUGCUCUAUGGGUUUGCUUACGCCAUGCGGGUAUUCAAGAAGGUGAUUGUGGUGACAACAGGGUCAGGUAUUGGCCCGUGCCUGUCUUUCCUUGGUGAUGAUAACCGACCAGCUCUGCGUGUUCUCUGGCAGACUCGAAACCCGUAUAAGACGUAUGGGGGAGAGGUCAUUAACCUUCUAAGCCGAUUGGACCCCGAUCCAAUCAUCCUGGACACGGAACAAACCGGGCGCCUUGACAUGGUUCCACUUAUUCGUCGUCAGAUCGAAGAGUUCGAUGCUGAAGCGGUGUGCGUGAUCAGUAACCCAAUGCUGACUCGUAAAAUCGUGUACGAACUCGAAGCGCGAGGGGUCCCGGCGUUUGGCCCAAUUUUCGAUUCCUAA